AUGAAUUCCUUUGUGACGCCAACGAAUUUAUGCUCACAAUGUACUUCAUUUUUUGUUCAAUCUAUACGUUAUUUACCACAAAGUUUACAAGCCAUAACCGAUGAAGCUUUGAAAAAAUUCUCAACACAUUUAAAUACGAAACCAGUGCGAAAUACGAGACGAGAAAUUGAUAGGAAAGUAGCUACAACUGUUAAGCAAGCGUUUAAUAUAAAUAUUGAAUCAUUAUUUAAUAGAUUAUCAAAAGAAGAGCUUCAAAAAUUAUCAUUAGUACCAAUCUCAUCAACAUCUUGUCUUUCUUGUCAAAUUGGUAUUACUCAACAUAUUAAACAUACAGAUUUAUUAAAAAUAAAAAAUAUUGUAUUCAAUCAAGUGCGUGGCUUUAAAACUAAGCAUUCAGCUUCAAAUGGUAUUGGCAAAAAUGUAGACCCAAGUACAAUGAACUCAACCCGUGUAUUAAAUUCUUUUGAUGAACAUCAAUCCUCAUCAGCAACGAUGACAAAUCGAGUUACACUCGGUAAUUUUUCAUCGCAAUAUACUAGUGGUACAACUAAUAUGAACGAAACAGAAAAAGCUGCACUUGCUUUUGCGAAAGGUUAUAUCGCAGGUGCUGGGGAUCCUAAACCAAAAAAUCGUGCAUCAUUAUUCAAAGGUAUACGAAUAGUGAUAUUUUACAGUAUUUUGUUAAUACUUACAUUAAAUAUUAUUUCUGCAAUCAGUGGUACCGAUGGCGGUGGAAUAACGACUGCUUUUUCCUCAGCUAGUAAACAUGAAGUUCAUCCAGAAGAUGUUAAAGUUAAUUUCUCCGAUGUUCGCGGCGCUGAAGAAGCAAAAGAUGAACUAAUGGAUAUCGUAUCAUUUCUAAAAGAUUCUGAAAAAUACACAAAAUUAGGUGCUCGAUUACCUAAAGGUGUACUUCUUGUUGGUGCGCCCGGCAUCGGCAAGACACUUUUGGCUCGAGCUGUUGCUGGUGAAGCUGGUGUUCCAUUUUUUCAUACAUCCGGAUCAGAAUUCGAUGAAAUGUUUGUCGGUUCAGGAGCUCGCCGUGUACGUCAAUUGUUCACUGCCGCUAAAGCUCGUGUACCAUGUGUAAUUUUUAUUGAUGAAAUUGAUUCUGUCGGUGCAAAACGAUCAAGUUCGCAAAUGCAUCCAUAUGCAAAUCAAACUAUCAAUCAACUUCUUGCAGAAAUGGAUGGAUUUGAUAAAAACGAAGGCAUUAUUAUAUUAGCAGCAACAAAUCGUCGUGAUUAUUUAGAUUCAGCUCUUUUACGACCUGGCCGUUUCGAUUGUGAAAUUCAUAUAGCACCACCUGAUGUUCGCGGUCGAAAAGAAAUUUUUGAACUUUAUCUUAGUAAAACAAUACAUGAUAAAACAAUUGAUACAGAAUAUUUAGCAAAAGGAACAACAGGUUUUACUGGUGCUGAUAUUGAAAAUAUGGUUAAUCAAGCUGCUCUCUAUGCUGCUCAAUCUAAUGCAACAUUGGUGGAUAUGAAACAUUUAGAAUGGGCACGUGAUAAAGUUCUUAUGGGGCCAGCAAAAAAAUUUAAGAUACCUGAUUCGGAAACAAACAAUAUUACAGCUUAUCAUGAAGCUGGCCAUACUAUUGUGCGAUAUUUUACGAAAGAUGCUGACCCAUUGCAUAAGGUAACGAUUGUUCCUCGCGGUCAAGCACUUGGUUUUACUGCACACAUACCAGCAAAAGAAGUAUACGGUCGAACAAAAUCACAAUUAUUAGCUGAAAUGGAUGUCAUGAUGGCAGGACGUGUUGCUGAAGAACAAAUAUUUGGUAUUGAGAAAGUAACUACUGGUGCAGCAAGUGACUUCAGUCAAGCAACUAAACUUGCAACAAAUAUGGUAAAACAAUUUGGUAUGUCGGAUAAAGUUGGCACAAGAACAUUUCAAGACGAUGAACAAGAUGGUGGUGUAGGAUUUGUUCGUGUUAAUAAUAUAAGUCCAGCCAUGCAAGAAACAAUCGAUUUAGAAAUAAAACAAUUGAUGCAUGAAUCUUAUGAACGCGCUAAAAUUUUACUUAAACAACACGCACGUGAACUUAAAAUACUUGCCGAAGCUCUUCUUCACUUCGAAACAUUAUCAGCUGCCGAUGUCAAGGCUUUAGUUGAAGGUCAAACAAUAAAUCCGUGA